UCGCAUUCAGCGGAGCAUUAAGUGAGUACACCGCAAUGUUUUGGGCAACUCUUCUUCUCUUCAACGGAUUCCUCGUUCUCCUCUUGAUCCUUUCAAAUCGGUCGAGAGUAAAGAAAGAACCUCCCUUGGACAAAGGCAUCAUUCCAUGGCUGGGUCACGCUCUUGAAUUUGGGAAAGAUGCUGCAAAGUUUUUAAGUCGAAUGAAGGCAAAACAUGGUGACAUCUUCACGGUGCGUGUAGCUGGGCAUUAUGUGACCGUGUUGCUGGACCCAAACUCUUAUGAUGCAGUGGUUCAAGACUCUGUCUCACUGGACUUCACCCGCUACGCCCAGGUGCUGAUGCAGAGAAUCUUCUGUCUUUCUCUGCCCAAUCACAACCCAACAGCAGAGAGGGCCAUGAUGAGGCGGCACUUCCAAGGGGACAGCCUGGCCUGCUUGAAUGGCGUCAUGCAGAGGAACCUCCAGGCCCUGCUGGCGACCGAAGAGCUUCAAGACCAGACAGACUGGAAACAGGACGGGCUCUUCAACUUCUCUUACAGCCUGCUGUUUAGGGCUGGGUACCUCACACUGUUUGGAACGGAGCAAAACAGCCACAACCAAGACUUAACUGCUGUUUACGAGGAGUUCCGAAAAUUUGACAGUCUCUUAACCAAAAUGGCACGGAGCACACUGAACGCAGAGGAGAAGCGGGCGGCAGGCUCUGUGAGACAGCGUCUGUGGAACCUACUGUCUCCAGCCCAGUUCAGAAAGGCAGAGCCCAGCUCCUGGCUGCAGAGCUACCGACAGCACUUGCAGGAGAUGGGCGUGGAUGAGGAGAUGCAAACACGAGCCAUGCUUCUUCAGCUGUGGGCAACACAGGGUAAUGUCGGGCCCGCAGCAUUCUGGCUGCUUGCAUUCCUGUUGACCAACCCUGAGGCCAAGAACGCUGUGAAGAGAGAAUUCAGGAGCAUCUCACUGCAAGCAAACCCACCACAUCACCUCCCACUGGACAAGUUACAGUGCACACCUGUUUUUGACAGCGCCCUGAGCGAGGCGCUUAGGCUCACUGCUGCCCCCUUCAUAACCCGAGAGGUGCUGCACAACAACACGCUGCGUAUGGCGGAUGGGCGGGAGUACAGCCUCAGGAAAGGGGACCGGGUGUGCCUGUUCCCCUACCUCAGCCCCCAGAUGGACCCCGAAAUCCACCAGGAGCCGGAGAAAUUCAAGUAUGACAGGUUCCUGAAUGCCGACGGGACAGAGAAAAAGGACUUCUUCAAAGGCGGGAAGAGGCUGAAAUACUACACAAUGCCAUGGGGGGCAGGGAAGAAUGUGUGUGUGGGCAAGGACUUCGCCAUCAGCAGCAUUAAACAGUUUCUGUUCUUGGUACUGACCCAUAUGGAGCUUGAAUUGUGUGAUCCAGCCUCUGCGUUGCCAGAGAUGAAUGCCACUCGCUAUGGUUUUGGGAUGAUGCAACCAGAAAAAGACUUACCAAUCCGUUACAAACUAAGAGACCCAUUGUAGGGUCCAGCAACUCUGUUCUCCUCAGAUUUAAUCUGCCAUAUGCAGUGGCUCUUUUCAUAUAUUUGUAUAUGUAAAACAUGUUUAUAUGUAUAAUACAUUUUGUACUUAUUUUUGUACUACAUUAUGCAUGAAAGAUUAAAUACUGUAAAUAUUGUCUGUAUUACCUUUUUUAUACACUCCUCGUAUUUUAUACAUUUUAUAUUGGUUACAUUCUGUGUAUACUCUUGUUGAUUUUAUGUCCAUGUUGUAUGUUGUUCUGGCACUGACAUGGGAUCAAUCUUCCAACUGUAAUUUCAUUGUCCUGGACAAUGACAGUAAAGCUCUCUUAUUCUUUUAUUCUUAUUCUAUUUAUCUUUUGUAUAUAGUAUGUGUUUUUUUAGGCACAGCACAGUUUCUUAUGUGAUAAUGUACAAC